GAUUUGCCGUGCCGGGGGUCGCCGGGGAGCACGUUGGAGUCGGUGCGUCGGGCUGGAGACGCUGGAGUCGUUCGGGAUGCGAUUUGAGAGCGCCGAGACACGGCUCUAGGCGCGUCGACAUCGAGAAACGAUCGUUCUGAAACGAAGAAGCAUGGAGCCGAGCGAGGUCGAGUUCCUCGGCGAGAAACAGCUGGUCAGCAUAGUGCCGAACUUCAGCUCUGACGUCAUAUACCUGAUCUCGGGCUCGGUGGGGCCGUUCCGCGCCGGUCUGCCGGUCAAGGUGCCGAUCUGGCUCGCCGUGUGCCUGAAGCAGAAGCAGAAGUGCCGUAUCGUCAGCCAGGAAUGGAUGGACAUCGAGAGCCUGAACGAGAGGAAGGAGAUGGAGAAGAUAUCCAAGCUGUUCACGGCGAUGCCGAGCUGCCAUUACAUGGACGAGAGUCAGAUCUUGCUGAACGUAGCGAACGGCGACAUUCCUGACGUGGACGGAAUAAGAAUCGCCGUGAAGGACAUCUGGGAUAUAAGAAUGUCUAAAUUGCGCACGUCCGUGGACGCUUUUGUGAAGAGCGAGGGAGUGCACGCGAGACUGGAUCAUCUGACCACGAUGGAGAUCAAUGGAAUACGUCCGUUGCUGCCACACGCAUUAGACCAAAUAUUACGGCUACAGUCUGCGAAUACAGGAGAAACGAAUUCCCAGCAAAGCAGUGGAAGUACGUAAAGAAAGUAACAACUAUUACUCAUUCGUUAUUUAUAUUAUUGUGAUAUUGUCAGUAGACGGAUGUGAAUAUUUUUAUAAUCUUUAUAGUUUAAUUGUACAAUUGGAAAAACCUUCAUAUCUGGUAUUUUGUGUGUUGUACACACACACACACACAUACAUACAUACAUACAUGUAUGCAGAGCUUGGUGUCUUGAGUUAAAUCUUCAAUUUAUUUAGUCAAGAGACACAGGCUGCGUUCGGGGAGACGCUAUUAGCGCUGAAAACGUCAGUCUAUCUUCGUUACUCACUAUAUGCCGAACGAAGAUAGAAGAACGCUUUUAGCGCUAAAAGCACCGCUCCCCGAACGCACCUACAAUUACAUUCCUUGAAUUUCUUUUGAUUUUAGACACAGGAGACACGUAUUGUUUUCCCAGUGAAAGAUACAGAUAGUAUCUAUGCAUAUCUGUAUUUGUGUUGGAAUCUUUAAAAGAAAGAUACCAAGCUCUACGUAUGUAGGGUAAGGUGACCAAAUUCGGAUCAACAAUUUGAUGAACCGCUAAUAAGAGACGUGAAAACACGUCGAUGCCUUUUGUGAUAUCGACAAUAUAGCAUAAAGUUGUAAAUAUAUAAAAGCGCAAGAUUUAAGUGAAUUACUUUAAAAUGUCGCUUACUAGCGACUCAUGAAAUUGUUGGCCCGAAUUUGAUCACCUUACUCUGUCAUUUCGUAUUUCAAUAUUUAAUCGUAUUAUAACAUGUAGUACAGAUGCAGGAAAGAAAGUAGACGAUAUUUUAUAUGUGAAUAUUAUACAACACUUUUAUUAGCCAGCUGAUUUUCAAAUUGUUACAUACAUUCACUAGCAUAUCUCGAUCACAUUUUCUCAUUAUUACUAUAUGUGAUAAGUGCGUAUUUACAUUGGUGCAUUUAUCUCGAUUGCUCUUCGUUGUCCAUUAUCGUAUGGCAUUCCGCGUUUAUAUUUACAUUUGCUAAGCUUAUAAUACACACAGUUCCUUAGCAA